CCAACCUGCACGCGACGACCCAUAAACACGCAGAACAUCGUGAUCAAUGCCUUUCCUGAUGAAUCGCCAAGGGAUGACUGCGCCUGUCUACCAGCACGAUGACCAGCCACAUACGUGUCACACUCACUUGUCUGUGCACACCGGCAGCAGCUAUGGCAGGUUUCUUUGACGCUUGUCGUCGUACACCGACCGGGUGCAUACACCGGUGUACAGGUACAUAAUGGAGUCAAUCGUGCUUUCGUGUGCGUGAAUUGCUUUUCCAAGUGGUUUCUCGCUCUGAACUGUCAUUUGGGAAGAACUAAAAAUGCGGACUUUCGCCAUCCUUGCCAGUGCGCAAUUGGCGACUGCUUUGUACCAGAAUGGCUCGGUUAUCGCACCUUGCGACUCACCGAUCUAUUGCUAUGGGGGCUUGCUGCACGAGAUCGAGCUCGCUCGCCCAUUUUCAGAUUCGAAGACUUUCGUCGAUCUGCCCACAAUUCGCCCACUGGACGAGGUCCUUGCAGCAUUCAGCAAUCUCACAAGGCCAAUUCAGAACAACACAGAACUGAACAACUUUUUGACUACUUACUUUGGCGAAGCUGGUUCAGAGCUGGAGCCUGUACCCACGGACCAGCUUGAGACCCAACCUGACUUCCUAGAGAACGUCAACAGCUCCGUUAUCGUGGACUUCACACGUCAAGUCAUCGACAUCUGGCCCGAUCUUACACGGCGCUAUGUCGGAACUGGCACUUCAAACUGCACAGGAUGCGUCAACUCAUUUAUUCCUAUCAACCGCACCUUCGUGGUAGCUGGUGGUCGUUUCCGCGAACCUUACUACUGGGACUCAUUCUGGAUUGUCGAGGGCCUGCUGCGCACCAAGGGAUCCUUCACCCAGAUCGCUGAGAACAUCAUCGAGAACUUCAUGGAUCUUGUUGAGGAGAUCGGUUUUGUCCCCAAUGGAGCCCGACGGUACUACGAGAAUCGAUCACAACCACCGCUGCUUACUCAGAUGGUUCGUGUCUACGUUGAGUACACGCAGAACUACACUCUGCUCGAGCGUGCGCUGCCCGUAUUGGAGCUGGAGUACGAGUUCUGGGUCAACAACCGCUCUGUAACACUCGAGCGCGGCGGCAGGAACUACACCUUGCACCACUACAACGUUUCGAACACCCAGCCGCGCCCUGAAUCGUACCGUGAGGACUACAUCACAGCAAACAAUCUGACUUACUUCAACGAAGAGGGAGAGCAGUUCAACGCAAGCCAGCCGCUCAAUGACACUCAAAAGGCCGUACUGUAUGCUAACCUAGCCUCUGGAGCCGAGUCUGGGUGGGACUAUGCCUCACGCUGGCUGAAGAACCCCUCAGAUGCCGUCAAUGACAAUUUCUUCCCACUUCGUUCGCUGAACGUCAUCAACACCAUCCCCGUCGAGUUGAACUCGAUCCUAUACUACAACGAGAUCACCAUCGCUGAGUUUCACCGCCGUGAGGGGAACUACAGCGCUGCCCGCCAAUGGGCUGAGCUAGCCAGAAAUCGCAGCGAAGCCAUGACAGCCAUCCUAUGGAACGCUGAGCACUACAGCUACUUCGACUACAACCUUACCUCCAGUGCUCAAAACAUCUACACCCUCGCUGACAACACCAGCACGCCACUCUCACUCGCUGGUGCACCUGCAGGCUACCAAGUCGGGUUCCAGCUUAGCCAGCUAUACCCCUUCUGGACUGGUGCGGCACCAGACAGCAUCAAGGGCGACCCCAGCGCAAUCCGCCGCGCAUUCGCUCGCGUUGAAGAGGCACUCGAUACAGAAGCUGGUGCCAUUUCUGCUACCAAUCUCUUCACUGGUCAGCAGUGGGAUGAGCCUAACGUCUGGCCGCCGCUGCAGUACGUCGUCAUCCAGGGCCUGCUCAACGCACCGCUCGAGGUCAGCGGAGAUGAUGACGAGCAGACCGCUGAAGACUACGUGUGGACGCAAGACCUCGCGCUCCGCCUUGCGCAGCGCUACACAGACUCCUUGUACUGCACAUGGCGCUCCACCGGCGGCGCCACGGACGAAGUCCCACAAUUGCCUGGCGCAGAGGGUAAUGGCACGAUCUUCGAGAAGUACUCCGACGAGGCUAUCAAUGCACGUGGAGGGGGUGGUGAGUACACGGUAGUAGAGGGCUUUGGUUGGAGCAACGGUGUCUUGAUCUGGGCCGUUGAUCAGUUCGGCCAGAAGUUGACGACUCCCGACUGCGGCAACAUUACAGCUGCUGCACCGCCAGAGGCGAAGAGGAAGAGGAGUGCUUUAGAGAUUAGUAAGAGGGAUGCUAUGUGGAUCAAGGGGACGAAGGAGAACAAGAUGUUCCGCAAGAAGUAGGGAUGAGGAAGCAACGUGAUACUUUGAUAAUGUUUAUGUAGUGUAACAUGAUACUAAUAAUUUAUUGGACUACAAUAGAGACAUUGUACUUCUGCCAUACUAGAAGUCAAGGCCUCCCAAACAGUGGAG